AUGUCCGGUUCAACAUCACUCGGGGCUCCUCCUGCCUCUCCGGUGGAAAUCGGAAUUAUGGUGGAGAAAAUUCGAUCCUGUCACGGGGAAAUUGAAAGCCUGGAGCAAUUGGUUAUGGAUCUUCUAAAGGCAGAAGAUAUGCCUCCGGUGUUGCAAGGCCACCGUCUCCGAAUCAUGGCGAAGUCUAUCAUGCUGAAGUCUAAGAAACUUGUUGAGACCUAUGAAAAGUUUGAAGGUGAUAUAGCACCGCUUCGUGACCAGAGUCCCUCGAGGACAAAUGUGUCUAGCGCCUUUUCUUCUCGUUUGCAAGAGAUUGUUGAACAUCAUCGAACGCAUACUUCUGCACCCAUGGUAGACUAUGAAGCACCCUCCAUGGAGGAAUCAUUAGUUGAGUUCACCGGAGAGGAUUGCUUUGGUCGGUACUUGGUCGUGCAGGAUAUAUGUUGCGACAAUCAGCUGGAACGCCCAAUGGGUUGGGAUGGGAAGCCUAUACCAUACUGGCUCGACAAACUUGGCCUUGGCCAGGAGUACAGAUGCGAGAUAUGCAGCAACCGUAGCUAUGCGGGGAAGAAGGCUUUUGAGAGACAUUUUAAAGAAUGGCGCCACCAACAAGGAUUGCUGCUGAAUGGAGCAUCGAUUGAGGAAGCAAGAGCAGGGUGCAUGGGGUUGCCAACACAGAUGCGCAACCCCUGGCCACUCGGGGUUGAUGGGAAAGUCAGACCACCACUUGAUCUUUCGCAAAUAACGGAUCAGGGAACCGAAGGAAACGAUUCAGUUCAAGCUCCGGCGAUUCUAGAUGCUUACCUAGCUGAUGCGGAGAGAAUGGUACAUAAUCACCUAAGUGGUGCCACUGAUGGUUCGCUAUGGCUCCCUCCGGCUGGGUACAGGGAUGCUUCGCUGCUUCAAGAACCUCUCAAGUUUACAUGUAGAGUCCCUCAAGGGAUCACGGGCAAGGAGCUUGAUAUUAUUGAGCUCGCAGCCCAGUUUUGGGCGCUGAAUGGUGGGCGUCUCUGGGAGGGCUGUAAGGAGAGAAGUAAUACGGAUCCUCAGUUUGAGUUUAUGAAGCCAACUGGUGGCAGCAGGUCCACUCUCUUCCGUGAACUUGCUUCAGCAUAUUUCGAAGUAGUAAAUCGUCCUGAAAUCUUGAAAGAAACGCUGAAGGAGGAUGCUGCUGAUAUGGAGACUGUUCUUGAGAAUUGUUUCUAUCGUCUUCAGUUGGAUCGAUUCCUGGAGGAGGAGGAGGAUAAGGCAAGGGAGGAGCAGGACAAGGAUAAGGCAAGGGAGGAGGAGCAGGACAAGGAUAAGGCAAGGGAGGAGGACAAGGAGAAGGAGAAGGCAAAGGGUUGUGUUACAGUCUGCGUUUAUGCUCCAGACUGCGCAUCCAGGUUUUAUCAAGAUUAUUUCGAUUUCGAUAUGGUUUCCUUGUCCGAAACCGUGGCAAGUUUGAAGGAGAAGAUAGCCCAAAAGGUUAGGAUUCCAGCAACCCAUCAGAUUCUAUGUGGAAAAUUCGGUAUUUUGGAGGACAACAACAAGUCACUUGCACACUACAAUGUGGGUCACUUAAACAUUCUGGACCUGUCCUUCAAGGGUUUUAACUUUUAA